GAUCUCUCAAGGUUAUCGUGUAAGGUUGGCCUAGUCGUUUGAACUGCACUCUCCCAUCAGGGUUUUCAGGUGUCAAGAUCACAGACUUCGAACAGUCCUCUAUCCCUGGUUAACAAGAUGACUUCCGAAGCAACUAUUUCCACAUCGAGGACCAGAAUUCAAAAACCAGGCUACCGGGACUACUACUACUGGUUGCGCUCAUUUGUGGCAGGAGGUGUUGCAAGUUGCUGUGCGAAGACAACUAUUGCGCCUCUAGAUAGGAUCAAGAUUUUGCUGCAAGCGCAGAAUAUUCAUUACAGACACCUGGGGGUGCUAGCUACAGUAUUUGCAGUCCGUCAGAAGGAAGGUAUCCUUGGGUUGUAUAAAGGAAAUGGAGCCAUGAUGGUACGAAUCUUUCCUUACGGAGCCAUACAGUUCAUGGCAUUUGACAAGUACAAAAAGUUAAUAAGCAAAAAAAUUGGAAAAUCUGAGCAUGUACACAGGUUGAUGGCCGGAUCGAUGGCAGGUAUCACUGCAGUGAUUUUCACAUACCCACUGGACAUGGUCAGAGCACGACUCGCAUUUCAAGUUAAAGGAGAACACAGAUAUAAUGGGAUUAUACAUGCUUUCAAAAUUAUAUAUACUAAGGAAGGAGGGCUUCCUGGAUUUUAUAGAGGACUCAUCCCUACUGUUGUUGGAAUGGCCCCUUACGCAGGAUUUUCAUUUUUCACCUUUGAGACCUUGAAAACCACGGGUUUGAAACAUGCACCCGAGCUGCUGGGAAAACCAUCCCGGGACAAUCCAGAUGUGAUGGUUUUGAAGACACACGCAAGCUUGUUGUGUGGUGGUGUUGCUGGUGCUAUUGCACAGACUAUAUCCUAUCCUUUGGACGUUACCAGACGGCGUAUGCAGUUAGCAGCGAUCUUGCCAGAUUCUGAAAAGUGCAGGACAAUGCUUCAGACUCUAAAAUAUGUUUGCAAAGAACAUGGAAUAAGGAAAGGCUUGUACCGCGGGUUGUCUCUGAACUACAUCCGUUGCAUCCCUUCCCAGGCAGUGGCUUUUACAACCUAUGAAUUUAUGAGACAGAUUUUGAGAUUAAAUUAGUGGCCAAUUUAAUUUGUACACUUACUACUACUUGUACAGUGUAAAAUAAUAUGCUGCAUUAAGGAAAAUUAAUUUUCCUUUUUUGAUAUCCUUUUUUUUAUAUUUUUUUGUAACUGCCUCCCAAGUGUUGAACAAAAAUUCAGUUUUCUUUGGUUCUAGAUCAAAUCUUCUGUCAACUAAAAUUUACUUCCUGUUUGAUAGUUGCAAAAUCCAAUUGCACUACUACGAUUUGUGUGUAUGUUAGUAUGUGUUAAGUUUAUUUUUAUUGUGAUUUGUAUGCAAUAGGAUGUCUCAUAUUUAUAGUUUCUGUAAUUUAAAACAAAACCUGUUUAGGUAAAAAUAUAGAAUUCCAGCUGGCUGAUAAGUAUGUUUUUAUUUAUUUUGACUACUCAAAAUAUAUUUUGUUCUUAUCUUUAAUAUUGGGCAAAGUAAUUCGGAUGGAUCACCAAUAUGCUAUAGUACUUGGUGUCACUAUUAAUGAUGUUAAAAUUUGAACAGUAAAUGUAGCAUAGAAAAAGUGCACAUUUUAUGUUUUAUUCUCUGUUAAUUUGCACAGUCGUUCCUUUACGGGAAGGGGGUUGGAGUGUUUUGUACUUCACACUUGUAUAUAGUAUUUUCUUUAUUUUGGAGAGGUCUCAAUCAGAAAAAUUGUUGGUAUUUUAAGAGAGAUCUUGCUUCUUUGACAUAAAUUACCUGGAGCAGGGUUCAUGCUUGUUCGGAGAAAAGUAUUAGAUUUCCAGACAUCAAGGUAAUAUGGAAGGCACGAUACAUCAGUGCGUUUUAAUAUUUUAAAAAAUGCACUCUUUAAAAAGGAAACAUUAGAAUUGUAGACUUGGUUGUUUUUUUUGCACACUAUUUUCAAGCUUGUACAAUUUUAGCAUAUGAUCAAUACGCUAUGCUAAUUUAAAAAAGCCAAUAAAUCAUAUUUAGUAAAGAAAUUGUGGAUUGCUGAGACAUUCAAAAGCUUUUAAAAUAUAAAUUCAGACCAGGUUUACCCAUCUACUACUUUUUCAAAUGUAUAGUAAUUUAUUUUUUUCAGCCACAGAAAUACUUACAGAGGAAAGAUACAAU